AUGGCGGAAAAUCAUAAAAUAAAGGUAAAUCCGAAAUUACUGCAAAGUUUACAAAAAAUUAUCAAAGAAGAAUUAACGAAUAAUGCCAAAAAGAAUGAAUGGGGCAACGAAGAAUCAGAAACCACCUUUAUAAAUGCAUUGUGCAAGAAUUAUGAACUGACGGUCGAACUUGCUCUUCGUGAAAAUGUUGCCGAAUCAAAUUCUCCAAGCAAUAAAGUGGAACAAGAGGUAGUUGAUAAAGAACGAGCAAUGCAAGUGAAUGAUAUGUGCUCGAAAAGUGAAGACUUUCUUCGUUUAACAAUAAAGAAACGCAAAACAUACCCCAAGAUGAUAAAGGAAUUUAUGAAAGUGAAACAUGAUGAUGAAAUUUCACAUUUGGAAUGCAUUGUAAAUGAAAAGCAAGAACUUGUAUAUGAAGAUAUUGAGAUGAAAUUAGACAUGGCUGGUAGAGUUUGUGCUGAAGAGUAUGUACAAAGGGUUACUGGAGCAAGUGAACAGUUAUCAACAAUUGCAAAUGAAAUCUUUGAGGAAAGCGAAAGGUUGGAACGUUUUCAAUUUGCUGCUAACAUGAACUCAAAUGUGGAGAGCCAGAAAUUAAAAGAUGUUUUAUUUUCCAAAAGAAAAAUAUCAACUACUUUUGAUUCAUUUUUGGAAACACCAAAAAAAGAAAUAAAAAUUUGUGAUUCUGUAAAAGACACUGGUAGAACAACAGUUGAACUAUGGCAAAAUGAUGUUAAAAGUAAUGAAAAUAAAAGUUUUUAGCUGCUUUUCUCCAGUGACAUAGGCAGCCUGCUCAUCUAGUUUUGCCAUUUAAAUUUUUUUAUUUUCACAAUUUGCUCAUUGUGGAAAUAAGAAAUUUCUAAAUAAAUGAAUAUUGAAAAUGUUCUGAAAUUUUCAUAUCAUGACCAAAACAUUGCAGGCUGGCUACAUCACUCCUUUUGUCGUUUUUUAUUUUAACCCUCAAAUAACUGUUUUAUAUUCAUGUAAAUAUGUAUAUUGAAUUUAUAAUGUAUAACAAAAUGUAUUCGAAA